UGCACUUUGUAGCUAUAUAAUUCCCUUAACAACUAGAUAAUCCUUUACAUAUAACAAAACAUAUAAAACCUUUUUCUCUAUAAAUAAACACUUCUCUUUUCUUCACGAACCACUGAAUCAAGAAAACCAAAUCCAACUCCUACACAAAAGAAUGAUUACAAAACUCAGUCUCCUCUUCCUGAUUUUGCUUCUCACACUUACACUCUCCCACUCACGCCCCACUCGACCCGAAUCAUCAACAGGAUCCUCCUCGGAUCAGCUCAAGAAAAACUCCAAAGGUAAUAAUAACAAGAAUGACAAGGGCUAUGGAUCAUCUGGGGGAUACUUUGGACCUGGAACCGAACCAGGAACCGGUUUUGGUUUACCGGGUUUCAGUGGCAACGAUUGGGGAAACAUUGGUGGAGGAUACGGCGGUGGUUACGGCGGACCUAGUGGCGGAUAUAGCAAAGGUGGUGUGGUGAGACCAACGGUGGUGUGUAAAGAGAAAGGUCACUGUCACAUGAAGAAGCUGACUUGUCCCGCGAAGUGUUUCAAGUCUUUUAGCCGUUCUGGCAAAGGAUACGGUGGAGGUGGUGGAGGCGGUGGUUGCACCAUUGAUUGUAAGAAGAAGUGUGUGGCUUAUUGUUGAAAAUGUGAAUGUCGUGGUAAAUGUUUAUUUAUAUAAAUAUAUUCUUAUAUAGUC